AGAAGAAUACGCCGUGGAAGGUCUGGCGCACCUGACGUUAAACAGCCAAGGCGACUCAUCGCAAGCUGGGAGGGAAGAGUCUGUGGCCACGUUCAAAGGGAACGAGUUCUUCUGCUACGACCUGUCUCUGACGCCGAUCCAGAGCAGCACUGACGAGAUCACGCUGUCCUUCGCGCACGCUGCAGCGCAACGGUCUCAUGCUGCACACGGGCAAGUCCGCGGACUACGUCAACCUGUCCCUGAAGAGCGGCGCCGUCUGGCUGGUCAUCAACCUGGGCUCGGGCGCCUUCGAGGCCCUCGUAGAGCCUGUCAACGGCAAGUUCAACGACAACGCCUGGCACGACGUCCGCGUCACACGCAACCUGCGGCAGCACGCAGGCAUUGGACACGCUAUGGUGACCAUCUCGGUGGACGGCAUCCUGACCACCACUGGGUACACCCAGGAGGACUACACCAUGCUGGGCUCCGACGACUUCUUCUACAUCGGCGGGAGCCCCAACACGGCCGACCUGCCCGGGUCACCUGUCAGCAACAACUUCAUGGGCUGCCUCAAAGACGUGGUCUACAAGAACAACGACUUCAAGCUAGAGCUCUCCCGUCUGGCCAUCGAUCGCGACCCCAAGAUUAGUCUCCAUGGCGACUUGGUGUUCCGCUGCGAGGACGUGGCAGCGCUGGACCCGGUCACCUUCGAGACGCCCGAGUCGUACAUCGCCCUGCCCAAGUGGGACACCAAGAAGACGGGCUCCAUCUCCUUCGACUUCCGCACCACCGAGCCGAGCGGCCUGCUGCUCUUCAGCCACGGAAGGGUUCCGAACCCCAAAGAGCAGCGCGUGGGCCGGGACCUGAAGGCCGACUACUUCGCCAUGGAGCUGCUGGACGGCUACCUGUACCUGCUCAUGGACAUGGGUUCGGGCAGCAUCAAGCUCAAGGCCAGCAACAAGAAGGUCAACGACGGAGAGUGGUGCCAUGUGGACUUCCAAAGGGAGGGACGCAAAGGCUCCAUCUCUGUGAACAGCCGCACGAUGCCCUUCAACUCCAACGAGGGCAGCGACUUCCUGGACCUGGACGGGGACAUGUACCUGGGCGGGCUGCCCGAGACGCGGCAGGACAUGGUGCUGCCGCCGGAGGUGUGGACUGCGCUGCUCAGCCUCGGCUACGUGGGCUGCGUGCGCGACCUCUUCAUCGACGGCAAGAGCCGUGACGUGCGGCGGCUGGCGGAGAUCCAGAGCGUGGCGGGCGUCAGCAGCUUCUGCACCCGCGAGCUCCAGAAGCGCUGCAGCAGCGCCCCCUGUGCCAACGCCGGGAUCUGCAAGGAGGGCUGGAACCGCUACGUGUGCGACUGCACCGGCACCGGCUACCUCGGGCCCAACUGCGACAUCGAGGCGACGGUGCUGAGCUAUGACGGCAGCAUGUACCUGAAGAUCAUCAUGCCGCGCACGCUGCACACGGAGGCGGAAGACGUGGCGCUGCGCUUCAUGUCCCAGCGCGCCUACGGCUUGCUCAUGGCCACCACCUCCAAGGAGUCCGCCGACACUCUCCGCCUCGAGCUGGACGGCGGCCGCGUCAAGCUCACCGUCAACCUAGAUUGUAUCAGGAUAGACUGUAAUCUAAGUAAAGGGCCAGAGAUGCUGUAUGCCGGUCAGAAGCUCAAUGACAACGAGUGGCACAUGGUGAAAGUAACCAGGAGAGGCAAGAACCUGCAGCUCACAGUGGACAACAUCACAACUGAAGGUCAGAUGACGGGCGCGCACACGCGGCUGGAGUUCCACAACAUCGAGACGGGCAUCAUGACGGAGCGGCGCUUCAUCUCCGUGGUGCCGUCCAACUUCAUCGGGCACCUGCAGGGCCUGACGCUCAAUGGUGCCCCCUACCUGGACCAGUGCAAAAACGGCGACAUCUCGCACUGCGAGCUCAACGCCCGCUUCGGCAUGCGCCACAUCAUCGCUGACCCGGUCAUAUUCCGGAGCAAAGGCAGCUACCUGGCGCUAGCCACGCUGCAGGCGUACGCCUCCAUGCACCUCUUCUUCCAGUUCAAGACCACCACGGCCGACGGCCUUCUGCUCUUCAACAGCGGCGAUGGCAGCGACUUCAUCGUAGUGGAGCUCGUCAAAGGGUACAUCCACUACGUGUUUAACCUGGGCAACGGGCCAUCUCUGAUGAAGGGCAACUCGGACAAGCCGCUGAACGACAACCAGUGGCACAAUGUGGUGGUCUCCCGGGACAGCAACAACGUCCACACGCUCAAGAUCGACUCACGCACCGUCACCCAGCACUCCAAUGGAGCCCGCAACCUGGACCUCAAAGGAGAGCUGUACAUCGGUGGCGUGGCGAAGAGCAUGUAUGCUGGUCUGCCCAAGCUGAUUGCGUCCCGCGACGGUUACCAGGGCUGCCUGGCGUCAGUGGACCUGAAUGGCCGGCUCCCCGACCUCAUCGCAGAUGCCCUCCACAGGGUGGGCCAGGUGGAACGAGGCUGCGACGGACCCAGCACCACCUGCACGGAGGACUCCUGCUCGAAUCAGGGGGUGUGUCUGCAACAGUGGGAGGGCUUUUCCUGCGACUGCACCAUGACGUCCUAUGGAGGCACAUACUGCAGUGACCCUGGGACGACCUACAUCUUCGGCAGGGGAGGAGCCCUCAUCACGUACACCUGGCCACCCAACGACCGGCCGAGCACCAGGGCGGACCGGCUGGCCGUGGGCUUCAGCACGCAGCUCAAGGACGCCGUGCUGGUCAGGGUGGAGAGCGCGCAGGGACUCGGGGACUACCUGGAGGUCCACAUACCCUCUCCCUCUCUCCUCAUCCCUCUCUCUCCGUCCCUCCUCUCAGGUCGUCAGCUGACCAUCUUUAACAGCCAGGCGUUCAUAAAGAUCGGUGGUGGUGAGAAGGGCCGUCACUUCCAGGGUCAGGUGUCGGGACUCUACUACAACGGCCUGCAGGUGCUGAAGCUGGCGGCCGAGGGCAACCCUAACGUCCAGGUGCAGGGCAACCUGCGUCUGGUGGGCGACGUGCCCUCGGUGCUGGCCACCGACACCACAGCCACCACGCCACUCGCCGACAUGUCCACCACCAUCAUGGAGACCACCACCACCAUGGCAACCACCACCACCGCAAGCAUGCGCUCGCCAACCAUACGGGACAGUGUCACACAGAACACAGACGACCUGUUUGUCGCCUCAGCGGAAUGUCCAAGUGAUGACGAGGACCUUGAGGAGUGUGAGCCGGGAAAUGGAGGUGAACUAGUGUUGCCCAUUAUAACAGUGGACUCCCUCGACCCCCCCUCCAUCGCCACGCGCUUCCCUGUCCUUCCCCCGCCCCCCACCUACCGCCCCUUCCUCACACUGCUUGAGACCACUAAAGAGUCUCUGACCCUGCCUAACGGGGCGCGGCCGCCCUGCCCGCUGGACCAGGAGGACUGCGACGAGCCCGCGGAGGUGUCGGCCUACGGCUCGGGCGAGAUGACCGAGUCGGACGACGAGGACUAUAACAAAAACUCGCCCCUCGUCACCGACCGCACCAUCCUCCCGCCUCCUCCUCCGGCGGUGGCGGCCGAAGGGGGCGUCCAGCUGAGCCCCCGCGACCGCCACUUCUCCCGCGCCCCGCCCCUGCCCCCUAGCAACAGCAACAACAACCCCCCCGACCCACCACACCAUCACCGCCCCCCUUUCUCCUCCACCCCCACCGCCAACCCUGAGCAGCUGGGCCCGCGCGUCAAGCCUGGCGGCCCUGCGGGCAAGAUGAACACCCGCGGCCAGGUGCUCCUGCCCCCUGUAGCCCCGGGGUCGACCGACCCCGACCGCCCCCUCGGCGUCACGCACCCACCCAACUUCCCUCGUGUUCCCACUACAGAUCCAUCCUCGCCGGACCGGGGCCCGCCCGGCGCCGUGGAGGUGAUCCGAGAGUCCAGCAGCACCACGGGCAUGGUGGUGGGCAUCGUCGCCGCAGCAGCCCUCUGUAUCCUCAUCCUCCUCUACGCCAUGUACAAGUACCGCAACCGCGACGAGGGCUCCUACCAGGUGGACCAGAGCCGCAACUACAUCAGCAACUCGGCCACGCAGAGCAACGGCACGCUGGUCAAGGAGAAGCAGCCAGGCACGGCCAAAACCACCACCAAAAACAAGAAGAACAAGGACAAGGAGUACUACGUCUGAGGACCAGACUCUGGAGAGGGGGAGAAACAGAGAGAGAGAGACAAGGAGAAGAGAGAAGGAGAGAGAGGGAGAGACAAGGAGAGAGAGAGAGAGAGAGAAGUGGAUUGGCUUCAUCAUUGUCACUUCCGAUCACAUAUUCACUUGAUUUACAUGUUUAUUAAGUGUUGUCUACAAGCUUUCCUAAUGAUAGGGAACUAGCCUCCCUCCCAUUCACAUCUCAGUACUGAUGCUAAGGCAGGAUGCUAAUCAGAAUGGGAACCCAUAACACAGCCCUUAUGGUCAUGGGUUCGUAAAGUCUCAGCUAACACAGAGAAAAGCAAAGAUGCCGCCAAACAUAUUGUUAUAAUACCUGUAUAUGUGCCAAUAGCCGUAACGUGUUCCUGCAGUUCCAGUAUAAGACCGCAGGGGGCACUGUCACAGCAUUUACUAGCCACUAAAGUGAUUCAUCCAACUGAGGGAGAUGUUCAAAGAAAAAAGCUAGAAUCCAUUAGGUGAUUUAGUCUGAAGACAUGAAAGGAACGAAUCAUAAUGACAGAUUCUGGGUUUAGGAUAGAGAAUUAAAUCACCAAAUUUUGAGUCCAAUUAGUGCUGAAGGCAUUAGCAGGAGGUAACAACCACGGCUAAAUCUCAUCACGUAAAAUACUGCCAGUAUAGCUCUGUGUCAAAUACGCCAGCCACUCUGAUCAAAGUAUUCAGAAUCGAACCGCCUCUCAGAGAAACUUGCUCUCUCUCUCUCUCUCUCUCUCUCUCUUGCUCUCUCUUUCCUCCUGUCCUUCCCUCACUCCCUCGUUCAUUUCCACCUGUCCUCUCUCUCCCCCUUCUUCUGCUCACCUGCUCUCGCUCUCUCCUCGUGAGUGGUGCCCAGCGGAGGGGUCAAAGGUCAAGCAUGUAGUGUUCAUAGCUGAAAAAGAGACACAAACUGUUUUUACUCUGGGGGAAACACAUACUCAGAAUGGGAAAAAACAAACAAACAAAACAACAACAACAACAAAUAAGCAAACAUGCAACAGAGACAGCGAGAAUCACCACGACAACUAGCAACACAGGAGAGCUGAAGUGAUGGAUGCCGCAUCCUCAGCUGUCUCCGAACAGCCAAACUGCUCCUGAUCGUCUUUUUUCGUUUUGAAUCAGCUGAUUAUGAGUCAUGUGGUGGGACUUGGACUUAGCCGUCCACGCAAUCUCUGAGACCAGAAGAGAAGAAAAAUAAAAAAAUAAAAAAUGAAAAAAAUAGUAAUACCUAAAGCCGCAAAUGACUCAGUUCUAUAUGAAUAUAUAUGUACAGACAGUGACCGCAAGGACUGAUGGGGACCUAUAUAGAGGAAUGACAGAGAUGCUCGACAAACAGAGCCAUGAAAAGUUGGACUUAAUAUUGUUCCGGAAAAGCUUGUCCAGUCAUCUCCCUCCCCUCACACCCUCUCCAGUUGGGACAACCUGUCAACGUGUGUGUGUGUGUGUGUGUGUGUGUGUGGGCGUGCCUGCGUGUGUAUUUGUGUGUGUUGGGGUGAACGCAACCUUUCAGCUUGAGGACUGCAAGGACAACCAGGAUACUCGUGUCUAUUGGUUGGUUGAUUUCCGUUCCAACGUUUGUUUGUUUUUUAUUUCCCAUUCCAAGCUCUCGUUUCUCCAUUUGCGUUGUGUUUUUUGUUGGCGUCCCUGAGGGAGACUGGUGCUGUGCUUCAGCUGAGAGUGAGACAGAGACUCCGCCUGCCUUUGGCAUCUCAAGAUGGCCGACGCCCAAUCUCUCACCAACCUCCGCCACAGUGGACAGCAACGCAGGGACAAACUGCUGGACACUUUCAGUGGAAAGAACCAAGCAGACACACAGACACACACACACACACACACACACACACACACACACACACGGAUUCAUACACUCACUUAUAUACACACAUGGAUGCUGCACACAAAGCCACGUGUGCAUCUGCUGACAGAAAUGCUGGUUCUUUUGCUGUUGCUGCUGUUCAAGUGAACUCUAGUAUUGCGAUUUUCUCGACUCUAUUAAAAGAACUAAACUGUAUCAUGAAAAGAAAAGAAAAACCUUAAAAAAAAAGUUUGUGAAAUGUCUAAAUAUUUGAAUCAUCCCAUCACUGAGAAAAAAAGAGAAGUGUUUUCCCUAUGAACAUCCCUGUUUGGAGUUUAAAAAAAAUAUAUAUACAGAAAUGGCUAAUUCUGGGAAACAGCAAACUUUAUAUUUCCUUCUUUUUUAAUUGUCCUCCUUUUUUCCUCAUCUGUGUUCACUGUAAUCAUCUGGUUUGCAAAUACUAAGACCCAGAGGUGAGUCCCCCCCCCCCCCCCCCCCAUGAACAGUUUUCUAUUUUCCGUUCCACAUUUACGCCGAUCCAGGCUUGUCUCCACUUAUGUAACCAUGGUGACCGGCCUCCCACGGGUCAUUUCCUCCCCCACUUCCUGAACCCUUUUCCUUCUGUUCUCCUGUUGCUCUUCUGUUCUCCCUGCCGGAGUCGGAGCUUUGAGCUUUCUCUAGUUGCCCACUCCUGCCCUAAGACGAUGUCUCUCCCUAUCGACUAGACCUGUGUCCUCCCCUUCUCUCUCCCUCUCUCUCUACCUCUCAUUUAGUUUGUCUCUGCAUUUCUUUUUUAAGUUUCCCAUCAUGCCCACGCCACCCCCCCCCCCCUCCGACCCGCCCCCCUCCCCCCCCCAGCAAACAUGCUUCUCCCAGUAACUUCCUGUUCUUUCUAAAUGUUAUUGUAAAGUGUUCAGUGAAUUGAAUCUAAAUAUGUGUACAUUAUCAGAGGGGAAUACAAUUGGUUAUAUACUUCUUA